AUGGCCGCUGAAAAUCGCGUGGAAGAGCUCUUAAAAAGGCCGCUAUAUGUGUACGACCUCCCACAAGAAAUCCUCACAUCGCUCGCCCUCCGCGGGGAGGACCAACUCAUCGCUGUAAACGACAACUCCGAAUCCACUCAAAGCAAAUCCAAUUCGCCCGAUGACGCGCAAGAGUAUGCGAUUGCAACAUCCACAAGCUGUGCCCUCUGCGGGGUAAGCUUUGCGAACGUCUCAGAGCAGCGCGAGCAUGUGCGGGGCGACCACCACAAGUAUAACCUGCGAGCCCAACUGCGCGGGAACCCUGUCUUAGACGAAGCGCAGUUUACAAAAGCCGUGGGCGAGCUGGACGAGUCGAUCUCAGGGUCGGAGUCUUCGGAUACGGAGGAAGAUGAAGAGACGGGAGACCAGCUCACUGCUCUGUUGAAAAGACAGGCUAGGAUCUCGCAGGUCGCGGGCGAAGCGGGGGAUUCGACACCGAGGAGUACUGGGAAGCUUCCGCUGCUCUGGUUUUCGAACCCCGGUCUGCCUGAGAAUGUGUCGCUGGGUGUUUACAGGGCGCUGUUUACGAAUGCCGAGCAGGAGGAGGCGAGAUAUCUUGCGGACUCUCUGAGGAAGAAGCAGCUUGUCCCGGUGAAUCCGCAGAAGAAGGAGGAGGGGAAGUUGCCCUCUGUGAGUCCGCAUAUCUUCAUGUGUAUGAUCGGUGGUGGACACUUUGCGGCAAUGCUUGUGUCGCUUGCGCCUGAGAUUCAUCGGAGACAGGGUGGUAUCGAAGAGAGACAGGCUCGCGUGAUUGCACACAAAACUUUUCACAGAUAUACGACGAGGCGGAAACAGGGUGGUUCACAAUCUGCCAAUGAUGCGUCAAAGGGUGCGGCACAUUCCGCGGGCUCGAGUCUUCGACGAUACAACGAGGCUGCGUUGGAGAAGGAGAUUAGGGAGCUGUUACAGGACUGGAGGCACAUGAUUGACGACGCUCAACUGCUCUUUGUUCGCGCUGCAGGAACUACGAAUCGACGGAUUCUGUUCGGCCAACAUGAGGGUCAGGUCUUGAAGCAGAACGACCCGCGAUUGAGGGGCUUCCCGUUCAGCACUCGUCGUGCUACCCAGAGCGAGCUGAUGAGGUGUUUCAAAGAACUCACUCGCGUGAAGGUUAGCCAGAUAGAUGAAGCCGCCCUUGCUGCGGCCGAGACCAAGCAGCGAGAGGAGCCUCCGAAACCCUCAACCCCCAAACCUCAGCAAAAGCCAAAGCUCUCAAAGGAGGAAGAGGCGGUUAUCAUGCACACCACGCAGAUACAGGCCCUCAUCCGCCGCUCAAAGGUUCCCGCCCUACUGUCCUAUCUCACUAAGAACUCAAUACCCUCAUCCUUCACAUUCCAGCCUUCUGAUAUCCAACAAAACUUCCGAUGCCCUACACCUCUUCAUCUCGCCGCCAACCUUAAUUCCCCCGCCGUGGUCACGGCUCUUCUCACAAAAGCCAACGCCGACCCCACAUUCGCGAACAGCGAAGGAAGAAUGCCCUUCGAGCUCGCAGGAGACCGCGCCACCCGCGAUGCCUUCCGUGUAGCACGCCACGAGCUCGGCGAAACAGAAUGGGACUGGGAAGCCGCCAAAGUCCCAUCACCCAUAUCCAAGUCCGACGCCGGCAGCCGCUCACAACGAGAACGGCAGACCGCCGAGGAGGAAGAGUCAACACGGCGCAAGACCGAGUUGGAGCGUCUGCGGAAGGAGGAGGCCGAACAGGCCGUACUACAGGCGUCGAGGAGGGGCGGUCGUGUUCUGGGAGGGGUGGCAGGUGUAGAGAAGACUGCGCAGGAGAAGAGGGAAGAAGAGAUGCGGGGGAUGACGCCAGAGAUGAGGAUGCGGUUGGAGAGGGAGCGUCGUGCUAGGGCUGCUGAGGAGCGCAUUCGGCGCGCACAGGAGAAUCGAUAG